CAUUUCAAAACGGGUGGCUUCCUGAGUGGCGACUCCCGCUUGCGCUCACAUUCAACUUUCUUUGAAAAAUUAGGGCUUACUUCUCAAAUGUGCAGAUGAGUCGGAGCUUCGAUCCAGUCGACCCCCUUCUGGGCUGCUCUCUCUUCCCCAAGGCCAAGUUCUCGUCUGACCCUUCCAAGCCCUACGAAUUCGACCACGACCUCCAAGCCAUCGACCUCUACCUUAAGUCCACCACGGCCUCACUAUCUGGUCUUAAAGAUCACGCGAAGAACAUUUCAAGUGGCAGUUCCGCUAUUCCGCAGUCUGACAUGUCACAAGCAUUGAAAUGCCUAAAGGUUACAGUGAAAGUUCCAAAGAAGAAACCAUGUAGAGGGAAACCCAUUGAAAAGAUGGAUGAUCUGGCACUACUGGAUGAGCUGAUUAAUGAAGGGGAGGAUUCGCUCCACAUCAACGUUGAUCUGGACACCGGGAAGGUUAACCUGACCGAGGAAGAGGUCCUCUUGGAGAUACCCGAUGAGUUCGUGGAGGCUGAAGAAGACUUACAGCCUAGUGAGAAGAAGAAAAGAAAACAUCACCAUCACCGAGAUAGCGAGGUCACCUACACUGGCAAGAACGUAGUGGGUGCCGAUGCCAAGAAGCCCAGAGUGAGUCAUCAGAUGACACCGGAAACUUCUCAGUCUCCUGGUCUUCUGGCUCCGAACGUCCGGGUCGUUCCUAAGAAACCCAUCAAGCAGCUCUUUGCCCGGUACGGGGUGGCGGAUGAGAAGUUCGUCCGGUCCAUGCUGGCAGACCUUAAGGAUAUAGACCUUGACCUGGUGCGAGCCAAGGACAACUCCCCGCAAGAGAACCAUAGGAUUGCCCGGGAAUCCGUGAUGCGGGCCCUGUACAAUGUGUACGCGAUCGAUGCUAGUGAAGAGGGCACCCAGUUGAAGGAAGAGGUGAGCAACCUCUCCGAGAAGGUGAAGUACCUUCAUGGGGAAAAAGGGAAGCUGGAGAAAGAGCGUGACACUCUAAAUCAAAAUAUUGCUGCCCUGACCUUGAAGGUAAGUGAGCUAGAAGAGGAGAGGAAGAAGAUUCCAGCACUGGAGGGUCAGGUGGAAGGGCUGAGGAAGGAGCUGGAGCCUCUGCGGGGUUUUGAGGAGAAGGCCAACUCCUGGAAAGCCAAGGCCGAGUAUCUGGAGGGCCAGAUUGAUGAAGAGUGCCAACAAGCUGUUGAGGAGUACAAGGGAUCCCAAGAACUGGUGAACUUGCUGUUGGCUGCUAGGAGCAAAUGUAUCUCGGAGAAAUACCGCGAGUGGUCUGCCUCUGGUUGGAUCGAUGCUGAAAAGAUGAAGCGGGAGGUAGCAGAGAUGAAGAGGAAAAGGCAGGAGGAGCAAGCCAGGAAGGAAGCAGAAUCCAAGAGUGGUCGUUCUGGGAGUCAUACCGAGGCUCAAGAGUAGUUGAAGUUGUAAAGCUUUUAGGACCUCCUUCUGUGUUUUUUUUUUUGCCUUUUCUGAAUAGUGGCCUUGGGCUUGUUGGGGAAUCCCUUUGCCCAAAUUGUGCCUAAAUCAUAUAUGUUAGUAAUGAGGGGUUCCAUUAUCCCA